AUGGCCCGUCAUGGCUUAUGUAUGAUGCUGCUUGCAUUCAUUUGUAGAAGUUCUGGCCAGGAAGCCUUGAAUCCUCUUUUCAGGUCCAAACGGAUUCAAGAAAGUGUUGGAUCAGAUUCCAGUGAUUGUUUGUCAAGUGCAACUAGGCCACAGAUCUCACCAAACUCCCCCAACUUCUCCAUGGAUCUUCGGAUGCCUGGUGUGAUCCCUUCUGAUUCUGACACAUACCUGUGCAUGGCAUUUCCUGUGCCAACUAGACAUACCUUAUAUGUAGUGGACUUUAUACCUCGGGCUAGUAUGAACACAGUCCAUCACAUGCUGCUGUUUGGUUGCAGAACCCCUGUCUCCACUGAUGACUACUGGGACUGUGGCAGUGGACGGGGUACUUGUGAGGAUAAAUCAUCCAUUUUGUAUGCUUGGGGACGAAAUGCACCGCAUAAGAAACUACCAAAAGAUGUCGGUUUUAAAGUUGGACAGAAUUCAGGAGUGUCUUACUUUGUGCUACAGAUUCAUUAUGGAGAUGCUAGUGCUUUCCAGGAUCAUCACAAAGAUUGCUCAGGGGUCACUCUUGAAAUGACAUCCACCCCGCAGCCAUUUACUGCUGGUAUAUACUUGCUAGGUUCUGUGGGCACUGUUAUACACCCAGGAAAUAUAGUUACAAAUGCAGACGUCGCCUGUGACUACACCUCACAUACAAUCCACCCAUUUGCCUUUAGGACCCACACACAUCGUUUGGGAAAAGUGGUCAGUGGCUACAGGAUCCGAAAUGGAGAGUGGACCCUCAUUGGGAGACAGUCUCCUCAACUACCACAGGCGUUCUAUCCUGCAAACCAUGACGUGGAUGUGCAGUAUGGUGAUACGCUUGCAGCCAGAUGUAUGUUUACUGGUGAAGGCAGAACCACAGAAACAUAUAUUGGGGGUUCUUCUAAUGAUGAAAUGUGUAAUUUUUACAUGAUGUACUACAUGGACAGCAAACAUGCCAUCCCUUUUAUGACCUGCAUGAAGCAUGGCUCAACCAGAUUGUUUCAACAUAUUCCAGCUGAAGCCAAUAUUCCCAUUGCUGUCAGUCCAGAAAACAUGAACUCAAUGAUGCAUAUGGGGCAUUCAACAGGUCUCCAGGAUAGCACAUCAGACGCAGAUACAACUGGUGAAGAGCAAGCUUUCGAUCAGGGUGAUCUCUAUUCUCUAAUGUCCAAGCUUCUAGGUCAUAACAAGGAUGUAGUACACAUUCAAAAGUACAACAGCCCCAUUAAGACACAGAGGGCCCAACCUGAGUUAGUGGCUCAGAUUCAUAGCUUAAUACAAAAGAAAAAUCUGGGCCCUCCUAGUGCUUCACUAGCCUUCCAAACCAGCAGACACCCUGUUCUGAUGAGGGACAGAGUCCACAAAUUCCAUCAGCUUGAGACUGUGCCUAAAAUGACAAAAAGCAAGCUACUGUCUCAAAGACAAGAUAUCCAUCUGGAGCAAGACACAAUAUGGCCACAGAAUUCUCUCCAGCUGGGUCAGGUGUCAGGACUUGCCAUUGACUCAGAUUCUAAUCUGGUCAUUUUCCACCGAGGUGACCACCGCUGGGGCUCAGAUUCUUUUGACAGCCAAGCUACAUAUAAGCAGAGAUUCCUUGGUCCAAUUCAACAGUCUACUAUAUUGGUUGUUAACCCAGACAAUGGCAAUAUCCUUAAGGCUUCUGGAAGAAAUAUGUUUUAUUUACCUCAUGGAAUAACAACUGACAAAGACAAUAACUACUGGGUAACUGAUGUGGCUCUUCAUCAGGUUUUAAAAGUAAGCAGUGACGGUGACGACAGAAUCCUAUUGUCUCUGGGAGAGGCUUUCACACCAGGAAGUGACUUUAACCAUUUUUGUCAGCCCACUGACGUGGCAGUCGACUAUGAAACUGAGAAUAUUUUCGUGUCUGAUGGCUACUGUAAUGCCAGGAUACUGAAAUUCUCCGCUGAUGGCAGAUAUCUUUCUCAGUGGGGAGCUGGCUCAUCUGACCGGAGAAGGCGUAUACCAUUCCGGAUCCCACACAGCCUUGCAUUUGUGCCUGGGAGAAAUGAAGUAUGUGUGGCUGACAGGGAGAAUGGACGCAUCCAGUGCUUCAUAGCUCAAACUGGGGAGUUUGUUAAGGAAAUCAAGAAAGAGGAGUUUGGAGAAAGUGUCUAUGCCAUCACCUUCAGUCCAACUGGAGGUGAAGAUGGUGUCAUCUUUGCAGUAAAUGGGAAAUCUGCAUCUGGGACCUCCCCUCCUCCAAUUGGCUUUGCAAUAGAUUAUGCAACCAAGGACAUUUUGGAUACAUUUAGCCCAAAGAAAAAGGAGUUUGAAAUGCCUCACGACAUUGCUGUAACCCAAAAUGGUAGCAUCUUUGUGGGGGAUGCAACUACCAAUACAGUCUUCAAGUUUACUGCUGAGAAAGCACAUCGUUCAGUAAAGAAAGCUGGCAUUGAAGUUCAAGAACUUGAAGAAAUUGAGACAAUUAUCCAUACCAAGGUGACACCUCAGCACAACAUGUCAAGGACGUCAGCAGUUCAACAGAAGCCGUAUUUGUCUCAACACCUGAAGCCACAAGAAAAAGAGAAGAAGAUUUUAACCAAGCCAAACAAAGGGCAAGGUCUUCAACCAGUGGUUAUCACUGUGCUUUUGCUCAUCCCCCUUCUGCUGGUAACCUCUAUUGGAGUCUUCAUCUGCUGGAGAAAAAACAACCAGUAUGAGGUGAAGUCUGAGACCAGUGCUGUUGGAGGGAUUUUGGGAAAAAUCAGAGGUAAAGCAGUCGGCAGUCUGAAUCUUGGAAACUUCUUCGCCUCUCAUAAGGGUUACAGCCGUCAGGGCUUUGACCAGCUGAGCACUGAAGGCAGCGACCAAGAAAGGAACGAUGAGGAGAGCAGCGAGUCUGAAAAUGAAGAGUACUCCGCUCGCCCCCCGCCGCCUCCGUCCUCCUCUUAA